GUAUCUGGCACACCAAACGACAUGUGCCCUGAGCUCCUUGCCGGCAUACCCUAUGGCUAUAAAUCUGAUAUAUGGUUGCUUGGAUACUGUAUGUUUGACAUUGCUACACAUCGAACCCCGUUUAAAGCUUCUUGUCACAACCAUUCACCUAGAAAAUCUAUCAGUCCGAGAGGUAGCAGAGACAGACAGUUGAAGCUAAAAGAGAAGAGAACUGUCCUUUACUUUGACGAAAGUGAUAACAUUCAGCCAAGAAACUUAUCUUACAAUUAUAACACGUUCCAGGCCAAACUUGACACUAAGAGAGUCGAUCCAAAAAGCUACUCGGUUAGUGAGGAUUCUAAAGGUGGUGAGAUGAGUGAGGCAGCUGUUUGCAAUGGAUAUGAUCAACAGGAGACAAUCUCACAAAUAGAAACUACGAUCACUCCAAGCUCGUCAAGUUCAAGGGCAAAAACAUGGUCCGAGGAACAAGAGCAUGUUUCUCCAGAGCAUGUUAGUCGAUUUGAGGAGGGUGAUACGAAGAAUAACAAGACAAAAGAGCUUGAGGUGUUGAGCAGUCCACUGGACCAUGAGGAAACAGAUAUAGUGGAAUGUAUCUCCGCAAAAUAUAGCAGAAUGACAUUGUCUGAUGGAAGAUUCAAAGUCGUUCAAAGUCGUCUCGCUCCCUUUCCCUCGAAUUUUGGGUUGUCAUAG